AUGUCGGAGACGGCCCUUAGCCGACUGGCGGCAUCUGCGAAGCGACACCGGCGCCUCCGGCUACAGGAGCGGCAAAAGGUGUCCGUUGAUAUCCUUCUGCAGAUGAGCGAAGUCCGAGCUCACGAGGAGCUACUGGAGGGAGGGGCCUUGACCGUGUAUGAGGAGAGAUUGGGCAGGGCCAUGUUUGUUUCGCAUCAGUGGCUGUCAGACCUCCAUCCGGACCCUCAUGCCAAGCAGUUCAAGGUGCUGCAGCAGGCGCUGACAAACCUUAUGUCGGGGAAAAGCCAGGUGCAGGUUCCUGUUGUGAUGGAGAUUCAGUACGGCCGCCUCAGGACCCCCACAUCAUCCGAGAUGACUGCCAGACCACUUUUUAUCUGGUACGACUAUUUUUCGUGCCCGCAAGGCACUGACAGCGGAUCCGUCCACUCUCGGCAAUGUGCAAUUGACACUAUUGUGUCAUAUGUCGCCAGUUGCGAGUAUUUUGUCAUACUUUGCCCUGCGGUGACUCAUGAGACGCAACAGCGCCUGCUGGGUGAAGACGCCUGGGCAGAGAGGGGGUGGUGCAGACUUGAGAGGCUGGCCAGAGAGCUUGCAGCCCGAGCUGACGGUUACGUGAUGGUGUUGCAUAGCGCGGUACAUCAAAGCCUGAUUUUCAAUACGAGCAGGCACCUGGAUGCCCCUGGUGCAGGGCAGUUCACUUGGCAGACGGAUCGGGCCCGAAUUGCGAGCGUUAUUGUCCAACUGAUUUGGCAGAAGCUGCAUUACUUUCUUGAGCAAGGCGACUUGCACAACUAUCGAUUUCUGUUGAACACACAGAUGGCCUGCUGCUUGGAAGGUUUGGAUGCAGUGCCUAUUGAAGGUCUAGUGCCGGGCUUCGUGGCACAAAGCGAUCCUCUGGACGAGCCACAGGCUGUGAUGGUGGAGUGGUUUCUGCAUCAGAAUGGGUUCAGGACCGUCUCGGAGCGCGAUGCUGCUGGCUGGACACCCAUCUGUUAUGCUGUCAUGAAGGGCGACCCGUACUUGGUGGAGGCCCUACUUGAGCUAAAAGCCGACUGCAGGGAUCGGGUUACGCGGCACAAGUCGGACAUCGGCUUCUGCAAGAACACCCCUGUGCUGGCCUUGGCCGCCCACUUUGCCAACAACGACACCCUAAGGGUCUUGCUGUCGGCACGGGCGGAUGUGCACGACCGCGCGAGCCACUGGGGUAUGGCCCUGCACUCGGCAUCCUUUGCGGAUAACGUGGAAGGCGUGCGGAUCCUGUACGCUGCAAGGGCAGACCCGAACCGUAGGAUGGGGCCCGGACUGGAUGCUUUUGCCCUGGCUUGCGCUGCAGGGUCCUAUCGGGUCAUAAGCGAGCUGCGGUCCCAGAUGCACAGGGAUGGCCUCCCGAAGCACAGCCUGCACUACGCCUUGAUGAUCGAUGGGGGCUCGACGCUGUCGAUCUCCACUUUGAUCCAGGCAAGAGCAGACGUGAACGAGCCGCUUCACUUUACGCAGCCGACCUGGCGGCUUCUUUUCGCAGCUCUUAGCAUCCGCCACCAGGUCAGUCCCUCUGCGUUGACGGCCCUGGGGUACCACCAUCGUGGGGCGACGCCCCUCAUGUUUAGCAUCCUCAGUGGCUACUUCAAGGCGGCCACCCAGCUUCUUGAGGCCAGGGCGCACGUUGAGAUUCAAAACGCGCGGGGGAAAACCGUGGCCGACUUGGCGCGAGAGGUGCACGCUCCUCUUGCUCUGAUGGAUGCCUUGGAGGGCAUGUGGGUGGUACCCUCGGAGAAGCGGCUGCCCAUCUUCCACAGGACAGGCGGCUGCAGAGCCUCAUCCGACAUGGUCCUUGAGUACUUCUGA